CCUUGAGCCGGAAAUGACCACCUUCAAGAAUAGUAAAGCGCUGAGGAGUGUUCUGGAAAGAGGGUUUCAUUUUUCUCCUCAGAACAGAAAAAAAGGUAACCAUUGCGGCCUUCAAGUUAGCAUCUUCAGCCUUUUCGUCGACCACGCAUGUAUUUAUAAUUCCUCCAUUCCAUCUAGAGGUCCACGCUUUUGCAUUUCCCGGCCCUUCCGUCAUCCGGCGUUUGCCGCCCUCUCACCGAACGACGCGACAUUAUAGCAACUGCCAUCCGCCAAGUUCGCCUGCUCAAGUAAUAUAUCAGAGUGUUUGCAGUGAAGAAACGCAUCCGUGAUAAUCUCAAUGCAAUUUAUGCACUAGAGAAGGGGAGGGAGGGGGAGAGGGAAAGGUGCACGGCCAUUGGUCCGCUGAUGAAUGUAGGUAUCAGUUGGUUUUCAAUGACUGCGAAACCACUCUGAUCAGUGGGAGUGCUGGUCCUAGUGGAUCGACCGGUUGUACCCACGCUUGACUCCUCAAUGGUCCAAACUCGAAAGCAUAGUUUGCUUAAAUUUUGUUUCCCCCAUGCAAAAAUGGCGGAAAAAUCAAUUGCUGCAGGAACACAAUUGGCUGAAUUAGCUUGUAACUAAAGGGUUGGCGCUAAGCCUGAUGAAGCAAAGUUGCCCCGGACUCUUGCCACUGAAAGGUAAAGCCAAAACCAAAAAUGCCAGAGAAGCUAAGAAGACUCCUUCCCCAUAAGAAACCUCUGCUCUGCAGGCAGGCAGACUCAUAAUGCCAUUUAGCCGCCCACUCGAGUUCCGUUUAUGCAAACGUUGUUCAGUGUAAUCUGCUGGCUGCUGAGCAGGUUGAUGUCUAUUAUAUAUGUCUCUUCGUUUUAUCGUUCUUGAGAUGUUGUUUGUAUGCAUUAAUAACUCAAAGCCAGUUUUGCGUAAACAUUAUUUUUUUAAAUUAACGACGAAAAUAAUAGCUUUUUCUAAGGAACUAUUUUUCCUGUUACGUUAAAAUGGAAGACGUUAGAUAUGCUUUCGACGCAAAAAUUACAAGCCUAUAUUCAAUUUUAUAAGUGGAACGUUGAAGAUGACUGGAUACAUGCAGUGGUGGUGAUGUGCAUCACCGAUAUGCGUUGAUCUUCAGUGUCCUUGGGACGAGACAGAAACCGACGUUUACAACAAUAUAGAUAGGUUUCAGCUUGACUUUCCACGAUCUCUUCAAAUGCAGAGUUAUUUAUGGGAUUUGAUAACUAAGCUCAAAUAUGAUCGGUACGUAGUUUCAUUUUAGAGUUUGGUAAAAAAAAAAAAAAAAAAAAUCUUACCAAAUCCAAGAAAUAUACAUCCAACUGUCAUGGGCAUCUGAAAUGGAUUACGUGUAGAAAUUUAAAACCGGUUUUGCAUUUUACACAUUUCAGUACAAAUCUGAGCAGAACUGAUUAGAACCCAUUAAUUAUUGUACCUGCUGGAUACCGAAUCCUGAGUUUCUUCUCUGUUCAUUUCUGGUGUUAUUCGUCAUCUUCCUGGGCGGUGUGUCCGAAUCCAAAAAUGGAAUGACCGAUGGAGGGAUAAAGAGUGGCGAGUACGAUCUCCACGGCAGCAUGUUAUUAAAUGACCGCGUGCUGGACGGUAUGUCAGGGCUGGAAAGGAUUAAACUGCUUCCUUCAAAGGGAAGGAGGGACAAAAAAUGGUGAACAAGGGACUUUUUGUUUUCCUUUUUCUCCUUCUGAUAAGAUUUACCAUUUUUCGUCCUGUUCUUUCCGUUUCCAAUUCAGAGGGGCUUCCCGGCCGGUUAAAUGUUGAUAACCAAGCUUGCAACCCGCCUCCUGGGGCAGGACUGCAGAGAAACAUCGGACUAAAAAAUGCACCACAGGCGCUUACAGUAUAAAUAUGUGCUACCUUCUUCACAGGUUUCUUUCCCCUUUUUCCUUUUCCCUGCAAAAGUCCGUCCACCAGCGGACGUGAUGUUCUUUCUAAGCCCCGAACUUAUGGGAGGCCGUCGGCCAACACAGAAAGCCGCUGCUUUACCUUUCUGCGCCUUCCGCUCUACUCCUGACUCGACUCCAUGCUGCUGCCCUGCAAGACCCUCAACCGGUUUCCGUUAGCAUAUAGUUAGGGGUGAACACUUUUGAUUCUUUUCUCCCAACACCCGUACAAUCAUGUGCAGGUGGUCGCAUCAAACCACCAAUGGCAUCUGGUCCGUGACGCCGGUUAGAUUGCACGGGACCUUUUAUACCAGGCCCCGGCCCCUCGUGGCGGGAGGAACUCGCAAGCAAAGCCCUGCAGUAUGACAUGCACCGCUAGGACGUGAGUUUGAGGCAGUCAAUUUCCUUCGGGAGCUUCUGAUCGAGUCCGUGGAAGAAUAUUGGGCGGCAGGAUGCGGCAUUCCGUCGAGUUUGACGACUUCGACGACGCGCCCGGCUCUCCGGCGAAAGGUCUGUGCCGAAGGAUGGACGGCUAUGGCGACUCCAAGUUCAUGGAGAAGCUCCUCCUCCACUGCGCCUCAGCGCUGGAGACUGGCGACAUCACCCUCUCCCAGCAGCUCAUGUGGGUCCUCAACAACUAUGCUGAUUCUGAGGGUGACUGCAACCAGAGGCUCACCCACGCCUUCCUUAAGGCCCUGGUCGCCAGGGCAACCGGCAAUCCCCUAAUAUCCGAGCAACAGCCACCCACUCUCUCCGUCAUGGACCUGGCCUACUCCAUCGACCUCACGCCUUGGUACAGAUUCGGCUUCUGCGUCGCCAACUCCGCCGUGUACGAGGCCGUCAGGAACUACACGUCGGUCCAUAUCGUCGACUUCGGCGUGACUCACUGCAUGCAGUACCCCACCCUCAUCGACAUCCUCUCCAAGAGGCCCCGAGGACCUCCACUGGUGAAGCUCACCGUGUCUGUCUCCACUGCCUUCAUACCUCCCGUGCUGAACGCUUCGUAUGAUGAGCUCGGUCUCCGGCUCCUCAACUUCGCCAGGACCCGACACGUCCCCUUCGAGUUCCGUGUCAUCACCGGAGUGGAGAACCUGCUCGUGCACCUGCGCGCAUCCAGAAUGCUCGGAGGGUUGAAAUCGGAGGAGGCCCUCAUCGUGAACUGCCAGAUGAUGCUGCAUUACGUGCCAGAGGAGACAGUGCAGAAAACCGGAUUUGGUCUCCGGGACGGGUUUCUCAGCGCCGUGAGGGAGCUGGAGCCCUCGCUUUUCAUCCUGGUCGACGAGGACGCGGACCUGACGUCCACGGAGCUCGUGGACAGGAUGAGGUCGGCGAUGGAGUACUUCUGGAUCCCGCUCGAUGCCAUCGAGACGGUGCUGCCCAAAGCCUGCUGGCAAAGGGAUCGAUACGAGUCGGACAUUCGGUUCAAGAUAGAGAACGUGGUGGCCUGCGAAGGGCUGCAGAGGGUGGAGCGGCUGGAGACCAGGAGCAGGUGGUCGGAGAGGAUGAGGAAGGCGCUCUUCCGCAGCUUUCCGGCGAGCGACGACAUGUUUGCCCGUGCUAAGAGCGUGCUGGCAGACCACGCAGCCGGGUGGGGAGUGAAAAGGGAGGACGACGGCCUUACCCUCACGUGGAAGGGCCACAACGCAGUGUUUGCCACCAUCUGGGUGCCUUCACCUUGUUACUGAUGAAACGAACAAAUAUUUUACUCCUUGGCGUUUCGCGUUCUUGUUUUCAGAACAUUCGUGUCUGUAACUGUGAUUGAAAUUCAUUGCAUUUGUUUGGAACUAGUAAAAGCAUUAAUAGCAAGCGGCCAGAAUGGUGUUCAUUGUCUCUUCUGUAAAAAGGGGUGCCUGCAAUUCCAAAUGCGGUGGGGCAAAGGGGCGGAAAGCAAAAUCUUGUACCGGAUUGAUUUAUCGAAUAUUCUUUCUGGUCACCUGAAGCAAAAAGGAACGAUA